AUGCAGGAUAGUAACUUGUACCGUGGCUUUGACAGUGGCUUUGACAGUGGCUUUGACAGUGACUCAGACAGUGGCUUUGACAGUGGCUUUGACAGUGGCUUUGACAGUGACUCAGACAGUGGCUUUGACAGUGGCUUUGACAGUGGCUCAGACAGUGGCUUUGACAGUGGCUCAGACAGUGGCUUUGACAGUGGCUUUGACAGUGGUUUUGUCAGUGGCUCAGACAGUGGCUUUGACAGUGGCUUUGACAGUGGCUCGGACAGUGGCUUUGACAGUGGCUCAGACAGUGGCUUUGACAGUGGCUUUGACAGUGGCUUUGACAGUGGCUCAGACAGUGGCUUUGACAGUGGCUCAGACAGUGGCUUUGACAGUGGCUUUGACAGUGGCUCAGACAGUGGCUCAGACAGUGGCUUUGACAGUGGCUUUGACAGUGGCUCAGACAGUGGCUUUGACAGUGGCUUUGACAGUGGCUCGGACAGUGGCUCGGACAGUGGCUUUGACAGUGGCUUUGACAGUGGCUUUGACAGUGGCUCGGACAGUGGCUUUGACAGUGGCUCAGACAGUGGCUUUGACAGUGGCUUUGACAGUGGCUUUGACAGUGGCUUUGACAGUGGCUUUGACAGUGGCUUUGACAGUGGCUCGGACAGUGGCUUUGACAGUGGCUCGGACAGUGUCUCGGACAGUGGCUUUGACAGUCGCUUUGACAGUGGCUCGGACAGUGGCUUUGACAGUGGCUUUGACAGUGGCUUUGACAGUGGCUCAGACAGUGGCUUUGACAGUCGCUUUGACAGUGGCUUUGACAGUGGCUUUGACAGUGGCUUUGGCAGUGGCUUUGACAGUGGCUUUGACAGUGGCUCGGACAGUGGCUUUGACAGUGGCUUUGACAGUGGCUGGGACAGUGGCUUUGACAGUGGCUUUGACAGUGGCUUUGACAGUGGCUCGGACAGUGGCUUUGACAGUGGCUUUGACAGUGGCUUUGACAGUGGCUUUGACAGUGGCUCAGACAGUGGCUUUGACAGUAGCUUUGACAGUGGCUCAGACAGUGGCUUUGACAGUGGCUUUGACAGUAGCUUUGACAGUGGCUCAGACAGUGGUUUUGACAGUGGCUUUGACAGUGGCUCGGACAUUUGCUUUGACAGUGGCUCGGACAGUGGCUCAGACAGUGGCUCAGACAGUGGCUUUGACAGUGGCUUUGACAGUGGCUUUGACAGUGGCUCGGACAUUUGCUUUGACAGUGGCUUUGACAGUGGCUCGGAAAGUGGCUUUGACAGUGGCUUUGGCAGUGGCUUUGACAGUGGCUUUGACAGUGGCUCGGACAGUGGCUUUGACAGUGGCUUUGACAGUGGCUUUGACAGUGGCUCGGACAGUGGCUUUGACAGUGGCUUUGACAGUGGCUUUGACAGUGGCUUUGACAGUAGCUUUGACAGUGGCUCAGACAGUGGCUUUGACAGUGGCUUUGACAGUGGCUUUGACAGUGGCUCAGACAGUGGCUUUGACAGUAGCUUUGACAGUGGCUCAGACAGUGGCUUUGACAGUGGCUUUGACAGUAGCUUUGACAGUGGCUCAGACAGUGGCUUUGACAGUGGCUUUGACAGUGGCUUUGACAUUUGCUUUGACAGUGGCUCGGACAGUGGCUCAGACAGUGGCUUUGACAGUGGCUUUGACAGUGGCUUUGACAGUGGCUCGGACAUUUGCUUUGACAGUGGCUUUGACAGUGGCUCGGACAGUGGCUUUGACAGUGGCUUUGACAGUGGCUUUGACAGUGGCUUUGACAGUGGCUCGGACAGUGGCUUUGACAGUGGCUUUGACAGUGGCUUUGACAGUGGCUCAGACAGUGGCUUUGACAGUCGCUUUGACAGUGGCUUUGGCAGUGGCUUUGACAGUGGCUUUGACAGUGGCUCGGACAGUGGCUUUGACAGUGGCUUUGACAGUGGCUUUGACAGUGGCUGGGACAGUGGCUUUGACAGUGGCUUUGACAGUGGCUUUGACAGUGGCUCGGACAGUGGCUUUGACAGUGGCUUUGACAGUGGCUUUGACAGUGGCUUUGACAGUGGCUCGGACAGUGGCUUCGACAGGUUGAAAAACCGUAUGUCCUCUAUUCCCUUAACACAAUCUUACACUCUCUUAGAAACACGUCUUACUUCUUUCAUAUCUUAAAAAUCUCUGCUCUCUUUCUCACACUCAUUCGUCGAAAGUAUAUCUGAAAUUCUUGUGGGAUACUUAUCGGGGUUGAUCAGGUCACGACCUCUAAGACUCCACACAAGACAAUUAACUUUUAAGUCUUAGCUGCAACAUUAUACUAUUACUGUCACCAACCCCUGGGAAAAUAGCCUGAAACGGCCACUGGCAGCAAGGGCUGGCUGUUUCUCAUGUUAACUAUAAUAAACACAUGCACCCAUGUACACAUACAAACCCUAACAGUUCCAAUUAAAAGGAUUUUCAAUGAACUACAUGUACCUAAAAUUCGGGUCUAACAAACCAGGCAGGAGACAAGAGACAAAUGACGGCAGUCAACAUUCAACAACCAUAUAGGGGACAUCAGACAACGGACGGCAGUCAACAUUCAUCAUCCAUUUAGGGGACAUCAGACAACGGACGGCAGUCAACAUUCAACAACCAUAUAAGGGACAUCAGACAACGGACGGCAGUCAACAUUCAACAACCAUAUAGGGGACAUCAGACAACGGACGGCAGUCAACAUUCAUCAUCCAUUUAGGGGACAAGAGACAACGGACGGCAGUCAACAUUCAACAAUCAGGUAGGAGACAAGAGACAACGGACGAUGGUCAACAUUCAACAUACAGGUAGGAGACAAGAGACAACGGACGAUGGUCAACAUUCAACAACAACCACUUAGGGGACAAGAGACAACGUACGGCGGUCAACAUUCAACAUACAGGUAGGAGACAAGAGACAACGGACGAUGGUCAACAUUUAACAAUCAGGUAGGAGACAAGAGACAACGUACGGCAGUCAACAUUCAACAACAACCACUUAGGGGACAAGAGACAACGGGCGAUGGUCAACAUUCAACAUACAGGUAGGAGACAAGAGACAACGGACGAUGGUCAACAUUCAACAACAACCACUUAGGGGACAAGAGACAACGUACGGCGGUCAACAUUCAACAUACAGGUAGGAGACAAGAGACAACGGACGAUGGUCAACAUUCAACAACAACCACUUAGGGGACAAGAGACAACGGACGGCGGUCAACAUUCAACAUACAGGUAGGAGACAAGAGACAACGGACGAUGGUCAACAUUCAACAUACAGGUAGGAGACAAGAGACAACGGACGAUGGUCAACAUUUAACAAUCAGGUAGGAGACAAGAGACAACGGACGAUGGUCAACAUUCAACAUACAGGUAGGAGACAAGAGACAACGGACGAUGGUCAACAUUUAACAAUCAGGUAGGAGACAAGAGCCAACGGACGAUGGUCAAC